AUGGAUGGCGAUGAUUCGAUAGCCGAAUCAGUGGGGGAUGCCGACGAGGUGGUUCUUUGGCGGCCGGAGCUAGUGCGGUUCGACAGAACAGGCGAAGAGGCGAUGAGGCCGCAGACCAAGGUUGAUCUGGGGGGACGGAGGCAGCUGCGCAAGCGGACAGCGGUACAGGAACGGCCGUACAGCGUGGACAGAUUGCGGCACCGGGCGCAGAUGGCGUGGCUCGGCGGAGCGGGUGCAGAGGGCGGGAGCAGUCGCGGGCGGCGGGCGGGCGGGCGUGCGGAACCGGCGGGCGGGGGCGCGGAGAGCGAGGAGGAGGGCGCGGAGGGCGCGGCAUCGCAGUCUUCCAGCGAGGAGGAGGGCGUGGGGGGCGGGGCGUCGGAGACUGAGAGUUCGCCGGAGAAGAUCGUGUUCCGCGGGCGCGUUGUGGACGUGCGGCGGGGGUACCGGGGCGUGCUGCCGAAGGUGGCGUGGGUGCGGUCGCUGCAACGCGAGGCGGCGCCGCGGCCGCGGCCGCGGACGCCGCCGCGGGGGCGUGGGGUCGCGGUGCGGCGAUUGGCGCGGACGGCGCGAGCGGCUGCGGAGUCCGAUGAGGAGGGGUCUGACGGCGGCUCGGCGCCCUACGUGCCCUUCGCGCCGCCGGCGGCCGCGGAGGCGAAGCGCGCGGCGGCACUGCGCGCGUACUUCGACGGGAAGUACGGGCAGAGCGAGUCGAGCAGCGACGAGGGCCUCUCGUCCGAGGCGGAGGAGAUAGCGCAGAGCUCUGCUUCAGGCGACAGCGUGGUGGAAGACGACAGGAAAGCGGUGGAUGGGAUGCUGAUGCGUGUGCAGCGGGGGCUGGCGCUCGCUCGGGCGAGCGCGCGCGGGCCGGGCGCAAAGCGGGUCAUCAAGGCGGUCCGCAAGCGGAGCGUCCGCCGCGGCCGUGCCGCUACAGUGCACAGGGCGCCCGCGGCCCGCGGGGCUGCAACGGCUGCGCCGGUGGCAGAGCGGGGCAAGGCGCACGAGGCGGUGAGCAAGCACACGCCGCGGAUGCACGUGCUUCCCGACCCAGACGCUGUGGUGCUCUAUGAGCGCCCUGCGCUUUUUGUGCCCGUCCUGGAGGGGCUUAGUGACGCGUACGCGAUGCCGAAUAAGACACGCCGGCGGCGCCACAGUAACGCAGGGGAGCAAUACGAGGCCGCAGCUGCGCGGCCAGAUCUGCUAUGGGGCCAGCCGGUGUUCGAGGCAGUCAUGCAAGGUGCAAGCUUCAGCCCGCCGACGUUUGUCGAAGUCCGCGUGUCGGACCGCUGUUACUCGGUAUCGACACUUGCUGGCGAUCUGAAGCGCGCCCUCGAAGGCGUUUUCCAGCACAUUGUCGAUCUUGGGGCAACGCCCGAGGAAUUAAUUACGAUUUCGCGGCAAUUGAGCGAGUUUCUGUGUUUCCUGGACAGAGUGGAAGUGUACGCUGUCGUUCGGGAUUUCCUGCAAAACUUCCGAGCUAAAGUUGGCCAACUUUUGGACCGCGCGAAGCCCAUCCACUUCUACCAGAUUGCGGUGUGCCAGUUCUGGGUCUUGGAGAUGUCCAAGUAUAGCAGCGUAACUGCUGCCACCCGACUCGAGAUGGAAAAUGGCAUCCUCGAUGAAAUUUUGGUCUUCUUCAGUUUACUGUCGCAGUCGUACUGGUCCCUGUCAAAGGUGGAUUUGCACUUGCUAUCCGAAAGCUAUAAGGUACUAUCAUGCAUUGUAUCCCAUCUUGGCCGUUUGCCGGCACUGUGGCAGCGGCUCGCAUCCCAAUCUUUUGAUCCGCACGUAGCUGAGAUUCUGGUUGAAUAUUUCCCGUCAAGGACGGCGACAUGGUCCAUUGUGAAAGCAGACAACACUUUUGCAAGUGCUGAAAAGUGGUUCAUGUUUAUUAACCGUUGCAUGGCCUCGCCUCGGGACUGGGUGGUCGAUGAAACUCUCCUGCUUCAGCUGUAUGACUAUUUCAAAACAAGGAAGUUUAUGGACUUUGAGGAGGAGUCACAAGAGAAGGAAUACCCCAUUGUUUGCAUACGAGCGCUCGAGGAACGCAAAACGCUUUUCAAUGCCUUUUUGCAGAUGUUGCAUUCUGCAGAUCUGAGCCCCGUUACCAUAGAAAGGAUGACCCCUCUUGGCAAUCUGAAGACUUUGUCAUCAGCUGCACUACUUGCCAAUAGACUAAAUUUGUUAAUGGUGCUGGCGAGCAAAGCCAAGCGAAGUUAUGAGAAGAGAUUUGAAGAACUACUUGGGCCCUUUUUCGAGCAUCGAAGUUCACAUCUCUCCCCUAGUUUUCUAUCAAUCAUGUUAAAUGGACAAUAUGCAAUGGUGCGCAUAAGCUUACAGAAGAAAGUUGAACUAAAAGGGAAGUCCGUUUUAUUGCUCUGGAAUUUAAUAAAAGACCAGACCAGCAACCGCACUUUGCUAGAAUGGGAAAUUUUCUUGAAUAACUUGAAUAACUUGUCAGUGGAACAGCACGAGCUUCCGAUAGAUAUGCUGAAAAAUAUGGCACCCAUCAUGCAUAAUAUGUUGACUACUGGGUCCCAAUUUAAAUUACUCCACAGAUUGGUUCGCCUCUAUAUUAAAAGCCUCUCCUGCCUUAGUCCGGAAUGGAUACAAAACCAUCUUUUUCGGCUGCUGGCUACGCCUGCUCGGAAAGAUGAAACGCUGCUGGAUUCUUAUUGCCUCGUUAUUAAGCAUUUAGCGGAACACAAUGUGAUUACCUGGUGGUCAGUUAUCAACUAUAACAUGUUUGAAGCGGAGGACAGCAUAAUGCUGCUAUACUACACGAAAAUAUGCAAAUAUAGUGAUGCAAUCUUUUUCGAAGAAGCAAAGAAGUUCCUAUAUGGCAAGUCAUUAGAUUUUCUGUUAAAGGGAACAAGUGUUAAACUCCAAUAUCUGUUGAUAUCGCUGAGCCAGAGAGAUCCCAUAUUUCAAAUAGACUUUGGUGGCCAAGUAGAAUUAUCGCAGCUGCAAACUGUAAAAAAAGUUAUUCGUGCAUUCGGGAAGGCGUCCUACGCAGAUUUGAUUGUGGAAUUUACCCGUAAAAUUAGGGACGCAUACCUUUCAUUUCCUUGCAAACGGGACUUUUAUUACCAUACUCUCAAUUUUUUGAACAACAACUAUGUUGAUGUUGUUAAAAACACACAUGAAUUCACUUACCUGAAAUCAGAGUUCAGCAUUUCUGAUGAGGAAACCGAGAAGAGUGCCUUCCGAGAGCACUUGAGCUCGCUGCCUGAUGACAACAGUAGAUGCGCCUUUAUCGAACAAAAAUUGAUGCAGGGGCUUGCGCAUGGUACAUGUCUAGAGGGGUUCAUUACAAAGUUGAAAUCAUCCCUGGAGGUGUCAGUAUUUGAUAACGCGGAGAAAUCAUUUGUGGACAUGAUUCGAUGCCAUCCGUUGCAACCGCCAGUGCAUAUUCUCCACAUACAUUCGGUGUAUGUCCUGCUGAAGGUUUUGAAUGAAUAUCUAGACAUACGCUGUGGGUUAGUCACUCCUGAUAGUUUCUACGAACUGAUGUCGUUGUUUUUACAUGUAACGCAUACAAAAACUAUUUCUGUUCGGGAGGAUAAUAAACCCAAUUUUGAGCUGCUGAUGGAAGUCGAGAUUCUCAAAUUUCAGCGGACUAUGGUAGCGCUAUCCCAGGGGUUUUCAGAGGGCAGAGAUCUAGAGGAUGCCUAUAUCCAUUUCAUCACAGGGAAGAGCGGUGCACAUAUAGAGUUUAAUACCAUAUCGUGCAUUGACACUAUUCUCAGUGAUGUCAACCGUCAACUUGUAAACGAAGUGAACCGGAUCAUGACCUUCGUUGAGUCAAUGCCGAAUAUUCGUAUCCCUCAUGACCUCACAAACUAUGGGACCAGGAUCAAUAUCCUGACCGAACGGAAUAAAUUGAUAGAAUCCUCCCUCGGAAUAGAUGGCCAUGCUUUCCCGGUACAAACUCAAUGA